CCUAAGCAGUGGUGUGGUAACUAUGCUAUGGGUCACUUGAGGCGUCAGCCAUGUUCAUCGCAGCUGGGAAUGAUUCUAACACCAUGCCAAUUGUUAUGUGCCAACUAUAGGCUUAAUCAUUAGAGAUUAUUCUCAUAAAUAUAUUAGGCCUGUUACACCUCCUGUGGGUGAUCUCAUGGUGCACCUGUUUGAUAAUUUAUUGGACAAAACUGUACAUUGCCAGAGUAGCGCGCAUCUUGUUACUGACAUCAGAGAGAGAGAGAGAGAGAGAGAGAGAGAGAAGGCAGACCGGUCCCUUCUUGCAGGCGACAGAUGCAGCCUCUCCCACCUCGCCAGUCUCUUGCAUCCAUUCCUACGCUAAACGCGUCACUGCCAGUAAACGCGUUUGUUUGAUAUGUGGAGCAGGCAAAUCAGGGCAGAAGAAUGAAAAUGCUUCGGUUUCGUAGUCCAAGCCUCCGCUCUCUGGAUCAAGAGAUCCAGGUCACGAUUCGGUUACUGGACGACUCUGAGAUCUCGUGCAGCAUCCAGAGAGAAACCAAGGGCCAGUUCCUGGUGGAUCAUGUGUGUAACCAUUACAGCCUCCUGGAGAAGGACUACUUUGGCAUCAGAUAUGUCGACCCAGAGAAGCAGAGGCACUGGCUGGAGCCCAAUAAACCCAUAGUGAAGCAGAUGAAGUCUCAUCAGCCCUACACAAUGUGCUUCCGGGUCAAAUUCUACCCUCACGAGCCAAUGAAGAUCAAAGAGGAGCUCACCAGGUAUCUACUCUAUCUGCAGCUGAAGAGGGACGUCUACCACGGUCGUCUCUUGUGCCCCUUCGCUGACGCAGCCUACCUGGGGGCCUGUAUUGUACAGGCUGAACUAGGGGACUAUGACCAAGACGAACACCCGCCAGACUACAUCCAAGACUUCAAACUGUUCCCCAAGCAGUCGCUUAAAUUGGAGAGGAAGAUCAUCGAUAUUCACAAGAACGAGCUGAGGGGGCAGUGUUCUGCUGUGGCCGAGCUUCAUCUCCUCCAGAGGGCACACAACCUGGAGACAUACGGAGUGGACCCUCACCCCUGCAAAGACUUCACAGGAUCCACAGCCUUCCUGGGAUUUACAGCCACUGGGUUUGUGGUGUUCCAGGGAAACAAGAGAAUCCACCUGCUCAAAUGGGCUGAUGUCAACAAACUGAAGUUUGAGGGGAAAACAUUCUAUGUCAUUGGAAUUCAGAAAGAGAAGAAACUGGUGCUGACGUUCCACACCUCUACCCCAGCGGCGUGUAAACAUUUGUGGAAGUGUGGGGUGGAGAACCAAGCAUUUUACAAAUGUGCAAAGUCAAGCCAGAUCAAGACUGUGUCCAGCAGUAAUAUUUUCUUCAAGGGAAGCAGGUUUCGGUACAGUGGAAGAGUUGCAAAAGAAGUCAUCGAAGCCAGCUCCAAGAUCCAGAGAGAGCCACCGGAGGUGCAUCGGUUACACUUUGGGCAGAGCAGAAGCUUCAACUCACUGAGCCACAAAAACCUGAUCAUAAACAUGGAGCCUCUUGUCCCAGCACUGCCCUCCACCAAUGAGUAUGAAGAGACCUCGGCAGACAAUGGACUACUGGCUCUGAAGGACUCUGUUCACUUGUCCCCCCUGAAGCCAUCUACCACCCCCACGGAACGUGAGCUGGAGUGGCUGGAGGGCUCUGCUCUGGGGCAGCACAAGGAGGAGGAGGCCCCUACCAGGGCUGGGGGGGAGGCAGAGGGGCAGGAAGAGGAUGAGGAGGAAGAGGAGACGAGUGGAGUCCUGACCAUCUCUGAGUUGGUGUACAACCCCUGUGCCAGCAUGCUGCCCACGCCGGUGGACGACGGCCAGGGAGGGGUUGACCUGCUGUUCCAGAGCCCCAUCCAGAGCCCUGCUCGCCUGCUGAGAGAGCUACAUGCUGACCCUGACAUCCAGGCCCAGCUGGUGGCCGAGAGGGUGCGUGACCGUGCCUUCGAGCGUGCACGUGUGGUGGGGAGGAGCAUGCUAGGUAGCGGGCUCCGCCUCCUGACGAGGAAUGAGCGGGUGAACACGUGCGUGCUGAGCGCGGUCCGCCUCAUCGCCAUGGUGAUAGGGGUGCUGCUGGUUGCCGUACCGAUGCUGCUGCUGCUGCUGGAGUCGGACAUAGACGUGUCGUUUUUGCACGAGAUCAGGCAGACACCUGAGUUUGAGCAGUUCCACUACGAGUACUACUGCCCGCUGCGCCACUGGAUCCUCUGUAAGAUCAGCAUGGUCAUGGAGAGGCUGGGAUGGGACUGAAGAGGAGAGGAGACACGAGAGUGGAAAGAGAAAUGGAGGAGUAGGAAGAGGAGGAAAGUUGAGGGAGGGUUGCUUUCACUCUGUACCAUGUUUCUGUCUGCUCGCUCCUGAUGCUGACACGCUGAUGGGUAUUGGUUGUGAUUGGACAGUGAUUUUCUAGUAGGUACGAGACAAAUAUGUCUCUGGAGCUCAUUUGAUUGACUCUCCUCUUCAUAACAGAGUCAGUGAUUGAUCCCAGACACUGUCAGUAAUGGCGGAGUGGGCGGGACAGAGAGAGAACAUAGAUCUGAGAGCAACCCUAUAUCACUGGCAACAUAACAGCCACAGCCUACAGAUAGAUACACUACAUGACCAAAAGUAUGUGGACACCUGCUUGUCGAACAUUUCAUUCCAAAAUCAUGGGCAUUAAUAUGGAGUUGGUACCCCCUUUGCUGCUAUAACAGCCUCCACUC